AUGAUGUAUAUCUCUGCCGAUGUAGUCGAGGGUUUACUCCUUAGGCUUCCCCUGAAGUCUCUGGGCAGAUUCAAAAGCGUGUCCAAAGAGUGGAAAUCGAUACUCGAAUCAAAGAGGUUCGUGGAGUUGCAUCAAAAACCAAGGAAAAUCCUAACCGUUCAUAACUGCGAUUGCGGCGUCUCGCCGCGUCUUCUCCCAGAGUCACGAUUCGAGGCUGGCGAAGAGUUUGUCUCUUUGCACUGUGAUGCGACAAAACCGUCGUUGAGUUGCGAGGGUUUGCUCUGCAUCCCCGAAACUGAGUGUGUCCACGUGUUAAACCCUUCCACGGGACAACUCUGGCGAUUCCCUUCUCCUUCCCUCUUAGGCCCCCGUCUUAACCGCAGAUUUAGAAAACGAACAUGGUCGACUUAUUUCCCUGGAUGUUGUGCGAUGGGAUUCGGCAGAGAUAAUGUUAAUGGUAGUUAUAAAGUGGUAAGGAUCUUCGAUUAUCCUGACUAUUGCGAUAUUCUUGAUGUCAACACUGGUGAAUGGAAGAAACUUUGUAAAUCUCGUCGUUACAAGGUUGACGUAGGAAGAAAAUCGGCUAGUGUUAAUGGAACAAUCUACUGGUUACGAAUUACGCGUGACGGUGUUGAUGCCGAUCGCGUCUACUACACGAUACUAGCCUUGGAUCUCCACACGGAAAAGUUUCAUGACGUCCAACGUCGGGGUCUUCCCGAGGGCAUUAUGUUUGAAGCACAGAUUGUGAAUCUUGGGGAUCGUCUUGCCAUAGCCAUGCCUCAGUCGAGUAUUGUUCAAGAUAAGCAUGAAUGGGAACUAAAGAUAUGGAGUAUGAGUGCAGAAGAAGAAACAUGGAGCAAGACUCACUCCAUAAGUUUAGCUUCUUUAGGUAUGAACAAGUCUAUUUCGUUCACGCCUUUAACUCUCUCUAAGGAAGGGAAUGUUGUCUUCUAUGCCCAUAAGAAGAAGCGGUUGUUCAAAUAUUAUCAAGAGGCAGACCAACUCCAAAGCCUCUCUAGAGACAUUUGUGUUAUAUCUCCUUACGUCGAAAAUUUGGUCACGAUCCAUUCUAAGCAAGUCGAGUUAAGGACUCGUGUUACAUGCCUCCGUAGUAGAAAGGGUUGGUUUGAAUCAAGAGUUGACGACUUUUUUAGUAAGGGAAAAGAACUAGGCACGUGGCUAUGGAAGAACAUGAUCAAAGUGCUUGCUACAUACUUGCUUGCCCAUUUACUGUGUUCCUACUUCUGCAAUAGCAUUGGCGAGACUUUGAUUUGUGCAGCUAGUCUUACAUUACUCUGUUGGCUUAAUCAUUCUGGCAAAGGUGAACCAUUAGCGGUUGGUCACAUUAUCAUGACUAUAGUCGUUAUGAAGAUCUUUGAUAUCAUCAUUGACGAUUUUGUCUAUUCGGAGGUUAUGAGAUAA